CAAUCAAGGUCACCAGCACAACAGCUACGAAUACAAUUCAAUAUUAGAGAAACAACAAGUUCUUGUCUAAGAAAUAAAUUGAAAUGGCUGUAGUUUACCAUCAUCUUAAUCAACAUCUAUUAUCAUUCUUCAUUGUAAUAACCGUCGUUUCUCUACUCCUAAACUCUGUCUCUGGCUUCAACCCCAAGCUCCUCAAUGUGUCCAUGAAAGUUGAUCAGUCUAGCUCAAGCUGGGCCGCCGCUGGUGCAACUUGGUACGGUAGCCCCAACGGUGCGGGCAGUGACGGGGGUGCAUGUGGCUAUGGAGGAGCUGUAGAACAGUCACCAUUCUCUUCAUUGAUCUCAGCAGGAGGCCCUUCCUUGUACAAAUCUGGUAAAGGUUGUGGAGUGUGUUAUCAGGUGAAAUGCACAUCGAGUGUUAAUAAAGCUUGUUCGGGAAAUCCAGUGACGGUGGUCAUAACAGAUGAGUGCCCUGGAUGUACCAAUGAAGCUGUUCACUUUGAUUUGAGUGGUACUGCUUUUGGUGCUAUGGCUUCUUCUGGUCAGGCUGAUCAGUUACGCAAUGCUGGAGUACUUCAGAUUCAAUACAAGAGUAUUGAGUGCAACUUUCCAGGAAAGACCAUCACAUUCAAAGUGGAUUCAGGAUCGAACGCUCAAUAUUUUGCAUCAUUAAUAGAAUUCGAAGAUGGACCAGGUGAACUUGGGUCCGUUGAUCUGAAACAGGCACUUGACCAAGACUCAUGGCUUCCAAUGCAACAAUCUUGGGGAGCUGUUUGGAAACUCAACGCCGGCUCGCCCUUAAAGGCUCCAUUCUCCAUUCGUCUCACCUCAGGAAGCCAGACCAUUGUCGCAAACAAUGUAAUCCCUGCUGGUUGGAAGCCUGGCCAGACAUAUAGAUCACUUGUUAAUUUUGCAACUUAAUUAAUAUUAAAUUAAAAUAAAUAAUUAAUAUUAAUCUUUUCACUACUAAGAAUUUAAUGCAGAAGCUAGCUUAAUUAAUUAUAAGAGUACCCUAAGUCAACUUAUUCUAACGAGACUUGGAGGUUUGUCUUCAUGCAUUAUAGAUAAUAUUAAUUAAUUUUAAUUAAAAAGUUUAUCAAUUAUAUUGCUCUAAGCUCUGCUUUGUGGAAAUAUAUAUGCUAUGAUUUUAUUUUUCUUGGCCCUAAUCUGUGUUUGGCAUAUAUUUACAUCAUCGUGAGAGAUCUCUUUAGUAGAUCCUGUUAACAAUAUCAAAUUCAUUC